UCCACUUUGAUUCGCAACUCUGGAGUAAAAUGAGUGACUUUAAUCCUCAAGGAGGGGAGACGGGGCUUGACUCUCAAGAGACCAAGCUACCGACCUAUUGGAACACAUCCUUCUCCGAGAUCUGUCUAGGGAUGAAGAUUGGUAAUCUGUCCAGGUUCAUUCUCGUCAAAAAGCAAGCCAGCUCUUUGUACUCACUGAUCGCUGACGGAAAAUACCGUGCCACGUCACUGGGUCGUAAUACAUGGAAGUUGCUGAUUGGCUCCGAGGCAUCCUUGCAAUUGAAUUGUAACAAGGAAGGGUUCAAUGCUGUUGCGAAAUCUAAAGGAAAUUCCAAAGCUAGAAUCGGUAUCAUCGCCAACAACGAGAACGAUUGCGAAAGUUGUGACUCCAGAAUUGGCUUUGGCACAGGUGCGUAUGGAGACGACUCCAACACGUGUGGGAACGAAGCAAUUUUCGCUUCAGAUAAUGGAAACAAACACAUCAAAGCCAUGGGGUAUAUCUUGGUUCAGUGACAAGGAAAUCGAUCUAAUCUUCAAGAAAUUAACAAGGAGCCAGCCCUAAAGGACUUGUUUUUAGGAAGAUGUAGCAAAAGAGGUCUGAAAAAGAAAUUAAACAUCGAGUCUGAACUCAUCAUGUUUCGUCUUGAUAGG